CUGCAAUCUUCCUCUCCCUCACAGAGAGCUUGCAGGCUGCGCUGGAGUGGUACCUCUGUCUGCCAUGAAGAUAACAGAGGUUUUUGUGAAGGCGGCUCUCGCCCUUUGCUGCUGCUUAGGUACUGCCUUUGGAGUUGAGGUUGAUUGCAGCCAAUAUCCCAGCAUCAGCAAGGAUGGGACGGUCUUGAUAGCUUGCCCAAGGAACUUAAAGCCAGUCUGUGGCACUGACGGCGUCACGUACAGCAACGACUGUGGGAUCUGCUUCCAUAACAAGCAACACAGGGCCAGUGUGGAGAAGGCACAUGAUGGCGAAUGCAAGCUGAAACCUAUUGCGGUUGAUUGCACUACAUACCGAUCAACUGUAGUAGGUGAUCACGUCCUGGUAGCAUGCCCAAGGAUACUGAAACCAGUCUGUGGCUCAGAUAGCUUAACUUACGACAAUGAAUGUGGGAUCUGUGCCUAUAAUGCAGAACAUCACACCAACGUUAGCAAAAUGCAUGAUGGAGAAUGUAAGGAGACUUUUGACUGCAAUAAGUACCAAACAACAACCACUAAAGAUGGCAAAGUAUUAGUAUCCUGUCCAAGGGACCUGAAUCCUGUUUGUGGCACAGAUGGCGUUACAUAUGAUAAUGAAUGUGGGAUCUGUGCCCACAACGGAGAACACAGGACCCAUGUUAGCAAAAAACACAAUGGAAAAUGCAAACAGGAGACUUCCAAGAUUGAUUGCAGUCAAUACCCAUCACAAAUUAUGAAGGGUGGCAAAUCCUACAUGCCCUGUCCAAGGAUCCUGCUCCCAGUCUGCGGUACAGAUGGAUUUACUUACGACAACGAAUGUAGCAUCUGUGCCCAUAACCUAAAACAUGGGACACAUGUUGAGAAAAGCCAUGAGGGAAGAUGCAAGGAAGAAAGUACUCCUGUUGACUGCAGUGCCUACCUGAGCAAUACCCAAACCAGUGAAGCUAUCACAGCCUGCCCCUUCAUCCUGCGUGAGAUCUGUGGGACAGAUGGGGUCACCUACAGCAACGACUGUGCGCUCUGUGCCCAUAACAUCGAACGCGGAACCAGCGUUGCCAAGAAGCAUGAUGGGAAGUGCAUAGAAGAAGUUUCCCAACUCAACUGCAGCCAGUACCCAGUCUCCACGCUGGAGGAUGGCAAACAGCUGAUGGCCUGCACAAUGAUCUACAAUCCCGUCUGUGGUACCGACGGUGUCACUUACGCCAGCGAGUGUACCCUGUGUGCCCACAACCUGGAGUAUCGGACCAAGCUUGGCAAAAGAAAGAAUGGACGCUGUGAAGACCAGGUUUCAAAAGUGAGUGGGAAAGGAUGGGAACAAAAAGAGAUUUGCAAGGACUUCCAAGAAGUCUCUUCUAUAUGCUCCUUGGAAUAUAUGCCCCACUGUGGCUCUGAUGGCAAAACAUACAGCAACAGAUGUACUUUCUGCAAUGCCUACCUGAAAAGCAGUAGGACUCUCGACCUCCUGAGUCUGACUGAAUGCUAAGUCUGUGCUGGAGUCCAGCCUGGGAAGACAAGCUCCCUUGCAUGUGAUUUCUCAGGGGCUGAUCUUCCCCAGCAACUUUCCUUCAGUUUGUCUCAUUUCCUUAGCUCCUGAAACACUUGUUCAAUAAACUCACUCGGCAACA